AUGCUUCUUGCACUUGCUGCUAGUCAUGGUUGGCAUCUUACUCAAUUAGAUGUCAACAAUGCUUUUUUACAUGGUGACUUGUUUGAGGAAGUGUACAUGCAACUUCCUCCUGGUUAUUCUGGAAAAGGGGAGCUCCCUCAUAAUGUUGUUUGCAAGCUCACUAAGUCCUUAUAUGGUUUGAAGCAGGCAUCUAGGCAAUGGUUUGCCAAGUUUUCUUCUACUUUAACUACUCUUGUUUAUGUUGAUGACAUUAUCAUUGCUUAUAAUGCUGCUCAUGAGGUGCAGAAAUUAACUUCAGUUCUGGACAGUAAAUUCAAACUCAAAAACUUGGGUACUCUCAAGUAUUUUCUUGGUUUGGAAAUUGCACGGUCUCCUAAUGGCAUUUCAUUAUGUCAGCGCAAAUAUACACUCCAAAUUCUUGAGGAUACUGGUCUUCUUGGUUGCAAACCCAGCUCCUCACCAAUGGAUGCCAAUCUCAAGCUAUCCCUCCAUGAAGGUGAAUUACUUCCUGAUCCUACAACUUAUAGAAGACUGAUUGGUCAACUCCUUUACUUGACUGUAUCUCGGCCAGAUAUUUGUUUUGUGGUUAAUCAUUUAAGUCAGUUCAUGUCUUCCCCACGAGUUCCUCACUUUCAAGCUGCUCAACGUGUGUUAGCAUACUUGAAGUCUACUGCUGGCCAAGGUCUUUUUUUCUCAUCUGCCUCCAAGUUGCAGAUACAUGCUUUCUGUGAUUCUGACUGGGCCUCUUGCCCUGAUAGCCGAAAGUCAGUGUCAGGAUUUUGCAUCUUUCUUGGUGAUUCCUUAAUUUCCUGGAAAUCCAAGAAGCAGCAAACAGUCUCUCGUUCUUCUGCUGAGGCAGAAUAUCGUGCUAUGGCAGUGACUACUUGUGAGAUAUUAUGGUUGCUUUCUUUACUGCGUGAUCUACAUGUUACUCACAAUGGACCUGCUCACUUGUUCUGUGACAGCAAUGAUGCUCUUCAUAUUGCUGCUAACUCUGUAUUUCAUGAACGUACCAAGCAUAUUGACAUUGAUUGUCACUUGGUUCGUGAGCAUAUCAUUAAAGGCACACUUCGCACCUUCCAUGUUCCAUCUUCAAGGCAGCUUGCUGACUUAUUAACAAAGGCUCUUCAUCCAUCACAGUUUCACGCUCUUCUCUCCAAGAUGGGAGUUCUCAACUUAUACUCUCCAUCUUGA